AUGGAUGUCAAGUUCAGUGGUGUCUUUGACCCCCCAAGUUCAGUGCUAAUUCCUUUGCCCCAGGAUGCAUCAGCUUCUGCAAGGGCCCUGGACAGGCAGCCCUUAGUCACUGGGGUGUCCAUAGCGCUCGCGAAGGGCCAGCGUCCCAGAGUGUUCCCAGGACAGCUGAUUGCCAAGUUAAUGAGCAUCUUCGAGAACCAGGAGCAGAAGGUUACCAUCAUGGGAUUGGACAAUGCGGGAAAGACCACCACUCUCUACCAGUUCUUGACCAAUGAGGUGGUCCAUACGUGUUCCACCAUUGGCAGCAACAUGGAGGAGAUCAUUUUGCAGAAGACCCACUUCCUCAUGUGGGACAUAGGGGGGCAGGAGGCUCUGAGCUUUAUCACCAACACCUAGUUCGUCAUCCUUGUGAUUGACAGCGCGGACCGGGAUUGGCUGCUGACUGCUUGAGAGGAGCUAUAUAAAAUGCUGGCCCAUGAGGUAAGUUGGGAGAGGGCCCAUCCUGAUUUUGCCAAUAAGCAGGAUGUGAAGGACUCUGUGAGGACGGUGGAGAUCUCCCAUUUCCUUACUCUCAGUACCAGCAAAGGCCUGUGCUGCUGUACCCUCACCGGGGAAGGGCUGCCUGCCGCGCUCCAGUGGAUGCAAUCUCAGGCCGUUGCUAACUGA